AAAUGUCCAACAGCAGCUCCAUCAGCCACUUCCUCCUGCUGCCAUUGGCACACACACGGCAGCUGCAGCUCCUGCACUUCUGCCUCUUCCUGGCCAUCUCCCUGGCUGCCCUCCUGGCCAACGGCCUCAUCAUCAGCGCCGUAGCCUGUGGCCACCUCCUGCACAGCCCCAUGUUCUUCUUCCUGCUCAACCUGGCCCUCAGCGACCUGGGCUCCAUCCUCACCACUGUCCCCAAAGCCAUGCACAAUUCCCUCUGGGACACCACGAACAUCUCCUAUGAAGGAUGUGCUGCACAGGUGUUUUUAAUUUUCUUCUUCCUUGGAUCAGAGCUUGCCCUCCUGACCGUGAUGUGCUACGACUGCUACGUGUCCAUCUGCAAACCCCUGCACUACGGGACCCUCCUGGGCAGCAGAGCUUGUGCCCACAUGGCAGCAGCUGCCUGGGCCAGUGCCUUUCUCAAUGCUCUGCUGCACACAGCCAAUACAUUCUCCCUGCCCCUGUGCCAUGGCAAUGCCCUGGGCCAGUUCUUCUGUGAAAUCCCACACAUCCUCAAGCUCUCCUGCUCCAAAUCCUACCUUAGGAAGUUUUGGCUUAUUGCUUUUAGUAUCUCUUUAGGACUUGGUUGUUUUGUGUUCAUUGUUUUCUCCUAUGUGCAGAUCUUCAGGGCUGUGCUGAGGAUCCCCUCUGAGCAGGGACGGCACAAAGCCUUUUCCACCUGCCUCCCUCACCUGGCUGUGGUCUCCCUGUUUCUCAGCACUGCAUUAUUUGCCCACCUGAAGCCCCCCUCCAUCUCCUCCCCAUCGCUGGAUCUGGCACUGUCAAUUCUGUACUCGGUGGUGCCUCCAGCCCUGAACCCCCUCAUCUACAGCCUGAGAAACCAGGAGGUCAAGGCUGCAGUGUGGAAACUGAUCACUGGACGAUUUCAGAAACAUUAAACUGCUGGCCAAUUUCUGUAAAUAGUUUGUAAUAAAAGUCACCUGUGAUACUUCUUCCUGGUGUCAUUUUGGAGGUUGUUUUUCUCUGUUUGACUUUUUAAAUGAUGUCCACAAAGAAAUGUCAUUUUUUGUGUCCUUUCUGAUGUUGUUUCUCUCCACCUUUUCUGUGGCCACGAACUGUUUCAAUGAGGGGCUGUACUCUCAGUGGCUUUAAAUUAACUAAAGGACCUCCCGAAAGUUUUCUGCAGAGAUCCCCCUUUUGUUCCCUUCUCUGUGGCUGCAGUACCAGUGUCUGUGUGCAGAGCUGGGGCAGAUCAGUGCUGGCACAGCAGCUGUGCCCAGCAGCAGCAGCACUUGGUGUUGCCAGUGCUGCUGCCGUGGCCCUGCCCCGCUGCCCUCCUGGCCCUGCUGUUGCUGUAGGGCCUGAGUGCUCUCGGGGCCGGGCACAGGGCUGGGGGUGGCAGUGCCGGGGCUGCAGCAGGGACAGGCCAUGGGCACUGCUGGGGCAGCGCUGACGCCUCAGGCCAGGGCCUGGGGGCUGCAGGCUCCUUGCCCAGGCUCUCUCCACAACAUGGCCAGGCCAAUGCUCAGCACAGAAAAGCCCCGUCAGCAGCCCCAGGCUGGCUGUGGGCAGGCUGGGGACAAACAGCAUGGCUGGGGCUCUGCAAGGUCCCUGGGGGCGACGGGAAGGAGCAGCAGAGCAGGGGCUGAUCCAUCCCCACUGCGCUGGACACCCCAGGGCAGCGUCCCAGAGCAGCCUCAUGCACCUGCCAACAACA